UAGUAGUAUAGCUUGCGUCUUAUGUUUCCGCUGGUCGGCUGUCUGUUGUUGUUAUCUAUUACCUUGUCUAAUUAUUGAUUGUCUACCAUCUCCGUCUAAUACCAUGGCUGCAACUGGUACGGGGUGGGCGCAGCUGCGACAGCAGGCCCGCUCCCUCGAGUUGGUACAGACAGAGACCCUCUUCCACUCUUACGCCCAAUAUGCCUCAAUGACCAAGCUACCGCCGAAACCCUCCGAAGAAGAGCUGCGACUCGAAUCGGAACUGAAAGAGCUUCUCGGAAAGCGAGAAUCCCUCAUCUCCCAACUCGCCCGCCUCCUCGACUCCGAAGCGACCCUCACCUCCUCCGCCCUGAAACAAAGCAACCUCGCCCGCCACCGCGAAAUCCUCACCGACCACCGCCGCGAACUCCAGCGUCUCAACGCCGCCAUCUCCGAGUCUCGCGACCGCGCCAACCUGCUCUCCAACGUGCGCUCCGACAUCGACGCCUACCGCGCGUCGAACCCCGCCGCCGCCGAGGCGGAAUACAUGCUCGAGGAGCGCGGACACCUCGACGAGAGCCACAACAUGAUGGACGGCGUGCUGAGCCAGGCCUACGCCAUCAAUGAGAACUUUGGCAUCCAGCGCGAGACCCUGGCUAGUAUCAACCGGCGGAUUGUGGGCGCUGCGAGCAAAGUCCCUGGUAUGAAUGCGCUGAUUGGGAAGAUCGGCUCCAAGAGGCGGCGGGAUGCUUUCAUCCUGGGUGGUUUCAUUGGGGUCUGUUGCCUGAUGCUGCUGCUGUUUCGAUAGUGUUCUUGCUCCUUGGUGCUGCUAUCUGUCGUGGCUAUUGCUGCGUGUUUCUCUAUAAUCUUUUUUUCCUUUUUCACCUCAAGCCUGUGUGCCGGAGUUGGUCGGGCGUUUCAGCGGAUCUUAUUCUUUCCCCUUUCUUUGUCUGUUUCUUUAUUUCUUUGCUCUACGGAUCGUAAUUUGACGGGUCCAUAUUUGCGCUGCAGAUUUGUUUGAUUGUCCUCGUCUGAGGUGUACAUACACGAGCUUACGGCUAUAAUUCAUGGUCUACAACUUGACUGUCUUCGAUGUCGCAAGCAGUUGCAAGUCCACGGCUUGCGACAUGGGAGACAUCAGGCAGGAGUGACAAGUAG